AUGAAUAUCACAUGUCUAUUUCAUUUGGAUUUCACUGGCACUAUUAAUUUUGAAAAGACCACUGAUGUCCACUCCAGACAGAAACUUAUAUUUGGUCUUAUCUGGUCGCUCAAAUCAUUCUCCCAAAUGUUAUCAGUGAAGCCACUUCAAAAUUUCAGAAACUACUCAACUUCAAAGUACAAGCUGCACAUCUAUGAACUCCCAACUGGGCUUAAACUAAUUUUGAUAACUACACCCUCCAAACCAGAUCAGUUAGAGAAGCUCCAAUAACUUUUUCAAUAGCUAUAUGUACCUCUAGUGAGUAGGAAUAUGUUUUGCCAACCUAAUUCCAAAAUACACUGUAAGGUGUUUACAGAAAAAGUUACUGAAUUCCUUGUCAACACAUGA